UAUGUUUUAACUCAGCUCUAUUUUUCUUUUUCGUUUCGCAUGUGUAAUCUCGUGUUUCCUUAGAAAACCUCACAUUUCUCUCUCCGAUUCUUUACCCUUUAUGGGUUCUCACCGGAAAAUCGUAUUUGGGUCUAACAGGCCGCUGACAACAACAGCAGACAGAUAGAGCAAAACCGAACCAUUCUUCCUCGUUUGUUUUUUUUUUGUUCCAUUUUUCUAGUAAAAUAUCCCAAAAUGGUUGCAAAUUUUGGUUGUGUUGUUUUAGCUUCAGUUCUGGUAAUAAGUUUGGGAGUGAACUCAGAGCCGGUUCAAGACAAGCAAGCUCUCCUUGACUUCCUUUCACAGACCAAACACUCGAACCGGAUCCAUUGGAACUCAUCCACUUCGGCCUGCGAUUGGAUCGGUGUCCAAUGCGAUGCGAACCGCUCUUUUGUCUAUACUCUCCGGCUUCCUGGUGUGGGUCUCGUCGGCUCGAUUCCACCCAACACGAUCGGCCGGUUGAACAACCUCCGAGUUUUAAGUCUCCGAGCAAAUGGUCUGUCCGGUGAGAUCCCAGCUGACUUUUCCAAUUUGACUCUCCUCCGUAGCCUUUAUUUGCAGGAUAACGCCUUCAGGGGCCCGUUCCCAUCCAGCGUGACUAGCUUAACACGUUUGGCACGGCUUGAUCUUUCUUCUAACAAUUUCUCCGGUCCUAUCCCUUUCGGUGUCAACAAUAUGACUCAUCUUACCGGAUUAUUCUUGCAAAACAACAAGUUUUCCGGUUCUCUCCCGAGCAUCAGCUCCGGCGGUUUGGAUGAGUUCAAUGUUGCUAAUAACAGCCUAAACGGUUCAAUCCCCGAUACGUUAUCCAAAUACCCUGCAUCUUCAUUCGCCGGAAACCUUGGGCUUUGUGGUGGCCCACUCCGUCCAUGUAACCCAUUCUUCCCUUCGCCGGCACCGUCCCCUUCCGAGCCCAUUUCGCCCACAACUUCGGGUAGAAAUCUUUCCACCGGCGCCAUUAUUGCUAUUGCCGUGGGGUCGGCAAUCGUCGCGUUACUGCUACUCCUCCUCCUCAUCCUUUGCCUCCGUAAGAGGCAACGACAACCAUCGAAGCAGAAGAAGCCGGUUGCGGCGGAUACAAGGGUGGUUCCGCCGGCGGAGGCGGGAACUUCGUCGUCGAAGGAUGAUAUAACUGGAGCGUCAACGGAAGGGGAAAGGAAUAAGCUCGUGUUCUUCGAAGGUGGGGUUUAUAGCUUCGAUCUGGAGGAUCUGUUGAGGGCUUCGGCUGAAGUGUUGGGAAAAGGUAGUGUCGGAACGUCGUACAAGGCGGUGCUAGAGGAAGAGACAACAGUGGUCGUUAAACGAUUAAAAGACGUGGCGGUCAGUAAAAAGGAGUUCGAAAUGCAGAUGGAAAUGCUGGGUAAAAUUAGGCAUGAAAAUGUGGUUCCUUUGAGAGCGUUUUAUUAUUCCAAGGAUGAGAAAUUGCUCGUUUCCGAUUUCAUGCGCGACGGUAGCUUGUCUGCCCUGCUUCAUGGUAGUAGAGGCUCGGGCCGUACUCCGUUAGGUUGGGACAACCGGAUGAGAAUAGCAUUAAGCACCGCGAGGGGCCUAGCCCACCUCCAUGUUUCGGGGAAGGCGGUCCAUGGCAAUAUCAAGGCUUCCAACAUCCUUCUUCGGCCGGACCAAGAAGCCUGCAUCUCUGACUUCGGUCUCAACCCUCUGUUCGGCAAUACUACCCCACCUAGCCGCGUUGCAGGCUACAGAGCACCCGAAGUACUCGAAACUCGUAAAGUUAGCUUCAAGUCUGAUGUGUAUAGUUUUGGAGUGUUGUUGCUAGAGUUAUUAACCGGCAAAGCACCAAAUCAAGCAUCGUUGGGAGAAGAAGGGAUUGACUUACCUCGUUGGGUCCAAUCCGUGGUUCGAGAGGAAUGGACAGCUGAAGUUUUUGAUGUGGAGUUAAUGAGAUAUCACAACAUUGAAGAGGAAAUGGUGCAGCUGUUGCAAAUUGCAAUGACUUGUGUAUCGACGGUGCCUGAUCAAAGACCCUCCAUGCCCGAAGUGGUACGGAUGAUUGAGGAAAUGAAUAGAGUGGAAACAGAUGACGGAUUACGGCAAUCGUCUGAUGAUCCUUCGAAAGGAUCAGACGGCCAGACUCCCCCAACAGAGUCGAGGACCACGCCUCGAUCUGGUACUCCUUAAACGUGCAUGAUGCCAACAACUAAAGGGAAAUAAAAAGAAAAAAAAAUGGAAAAGCAAAAAAGAGAGGAUGGGGGUCUUUAGUUUCUCCUUGAAACGUGCUCAAAGCGCAAGUAAAAGAGUGAUAAAGUGCACGGUUCGUAGGGGAAAGUAAUUAAUGUUUGCCCCCAAAGUUGUGUCUUUUUUUUUUAAUUUCGUUUUCCUGGGUUUAUUUUUCUUAUCAAAUUUUAAUUUGCAAUUUUUUAUAGAUGGAGUUGAAAAAGGGGGAUUUGAAAUGUUUUGAAGGAUGGUGGUUCCA